AUGCCAGCGAGUCGUCCCACCCUCAACAAGCAUGUAGGGAAGGCAGGCUAUUUGAAGAAUCCUGACAUCCACCAGUCAGCCUCAGACUCGCCGCAGCAAGGCCACUACCCCUACCCCAAUUCCCACCACCAGCCCCCCCACCAUCACCCUCACCACCACUACCACCACCACUACCCUUCCCAGUCCCAGGGGGACGCCCUACCCAUGCAGGCACCCAUCUCCGUCGGGGAUCACCUCAGGAAGGACAGCCGCAGCGAGCAGAGCUCGGACUCUCCCAAUGACUUUCCCACCAAUCCCAAACUCCUGAAGAAGAUGAGCAAUGAGAUGACGAGGCGGCUGGACAGUCGCAGCGAUCGCAGCUACUCACCAGCCUCCACUAUUCAACUGCUGGAGGAGCGAGGCACGCUGCCCACAGCCGGGUCGGACGUCUCCGGAGGGUUAGAGAGUAAACCUGAGGACACUAAGUCAUGGUUGAACACUCGUGCUUCUCGAGCCUCUUUGCCCAAGCUUGAAGGUGGAGUUACUAGCAGGCAAUUCAAAAGGUGA